UAGAUUAAUAUGACCCAUACACUCCCUGCAACCCCUGACUACCUUUCUGCUUCUCUGCUUCUCUGCAUCAGACAACAAAAUCUCCAACCGAGAUCCGGUGGAUCUUGAUCCUCGCAGCGUUCAGCUCUUCCGGUUGCUGCCAUGGGCAAGGCAUGCGAGAAAGGCCCGCGGCAGCCAGGGCCCCUUACCUACCUAACCCCAAUUGCUGCCCAGACAAAGGCAAACUCAGUACUAGUUGGGAUCUUGCAUCACUUUCGGCCCAAAAGAAAAACACCCGAGCUCUAUCUACCCGUCAAUGCAUUCCUCGGGCACGUGUACAGAUUCCCCCCCCUCUAUUCGGAUGUAUUGUGACGUCAGUAAGUAGAAACUCCCGCACACGACUCCAGCUAUAUUAUUCACCUUCCGAGAGAACAGAUCAUUCGCGAAGCCGGUCGCUUUUUCUUUCCCAGAGCCAGGUUGGCUUGGAAUUUGCGGUGAUACUUAGGAAGAAAGACAUGCAGAGAAUACUACAACCUAGUAUAUUACAACGCUGUCGAAGAAAAAGUAAAUGCCCGUUCCACCGUGGUUGGAUUAGAGGUUGGGGCAGAGAUAAUUGCCGUAUAGUACAGUACAGUACACCCAUAGAGGAUUUGUAAAUGCUAGUGAUUGGGACUGAUGAGAGGAGGUGAAAAAAGAUAGGGCACCGAAAAAAAAAAGAAACCGAAAAAAAAAAACAAGAAAGAAGGAACAAAGAAGGGUAAGAAGGAGAUACAUGAAGAAAAAAAAGAUGAAACUCCCUCGCCUGGAAUAAGGCUCUCCCGCCAUUUGUCCUAAAGCCCAAACAAACUCACUCUGAUCAACUGCCAAACGCAUCCUCAAUGGUCUCGAGACACAACAAGGCUCGGAC